AAUCAAUUUGGGUGUUGUAGCACGGCGUACAUCUACUCCGUAUAAACGGAGGUUGGGUGGGGUUGAGAGAGAGAGAGAAGGGGAGGUGGAGACGCGUCCAGGACAGUUAUCACCAUGGCACCACUCGGACUAAAAGCCAUUGUGGGAGAAAAGAUUAUGAAUGAUGUCAUCAAGAAGGUGCAUAAGAAGGGAGAAUGGAAGGUUCUGGUAGUGGACAAGCUCAGCAUGAGGAUGAUGUCAUCAUGCUGUAAAAUGACAGACAUCAUGUCAGAGGGCAUCACAAUUGUUGAAGACAUCGGCAAGAAGCGGGAGCCUCUUCCCAGUAUGGAAGCCAUCUACCUAAUAACGCCUAAUGAUGAGACUGUGGAGGCACUCAUAGACGACUUCAGAGAUCCACGCUCUCCCAGAUACAGAGGAGCACAUGUCUUCUUCACAGACACAAUCCCAGAUUCAUUGUUCAAUCUGUUGACGAAAUCCCGGGCGUCCAAAGCCAUGAAGACCUUGACUGAAAUCCACAUCGCCUUUCUGCCAUAUGAGUCACAGGUGUUUUCCCUGGACAAGACCGAUGCCUUCCAGGACUUCUACAGCCCAUUUAAGGCCGACGUCAAGCACAACAUGUUGGAACGCUGUGCUGAGCAGAUCGCCACCCUUUGUAACACCCUGAAGGAGUACCCCGGGAUCAGAUACAGAGGUGAGUACAAAGACUGCGGCGUCCUGGCUCAGCUCCUGCAGGAAAAGCUGGACGGCUACAAAGCAGACGAUCCCACCAUGGGAGAGGGCCCAGACAAGUCCCGCUCUCAGCUCCUGAUUCUGGACCGAGGUUUUGACCCAGUCUCUCCCGUCCUUCACGAGCUCACCCUCCAAGCCAUGGGCUACGACCUCCUGGGAAUCGAGAACGACGUCUACAAGUAUGACACCAGUGGAAUGGGUGAAACCCGUCAGAAGGAGGUGUUGCUCGAUGAGGAUGAUGACCUGUGGAUGAGUCUUAGGCACAAGCAUAUUGCAGAAGUCACCACGGCUGUAACCCGCUCCCUCAAAGAAUUCUCAGCCACCAAAAAGAUGAACACAGGAGAAAAGACCACGAUGAAAGACUUGUCUCAGAUGCUGAAGAAGAUGCCCCAGUAUCAGAAAGAGCUGAGCAAGUACUCCACCCACCUACACCUGGCCGAAGACUGCAUGAACCGUUACCAGGGGACCGUGGACAAGCUGUGUCGCGUCGAGCAGGAUCUGGCGAUGGGCACAGACGCUGAGGGUGAGAAGAUUAAGGACCCCAUGAGGGCUAUUGUACCCGUUCUGCUGGAUAAAGACGUCACGGUUUUUGACAAGAUCCGCAUCAUCCUGCUGUACAUCUUCAUGAAGAACGGUGUUUCGGAGGAGAACCUGUGUAAGCUCCUCCAGCAUGCUAACAUUCCUCCUGAGGACAGUGACAUCAUCUCCAAUAUGGCCCAUAUGGGUGUGCCCAUCAUCACAGAGGGAAACCCAAUCCGUAAAGCAAAGAAGCCUGACCGGAAGGAACGAGUGAGUGAGCAGACCUACCAGCUCUCCAGAUGGACACCUCUGAUCAAGGACAUCAUGGAGGAUGCCAUUGAGGACAAACUGGAUCCGAAACAGUACCCCUACAUCUCCCAACGCACUGUCUCAACCCGCGCCAGUGCCCCUUCAAGCGCCAGGUACGGUAACUGGUGCAAGGGCCCCAAGGAGAUGAAGACGGGCCCCCGGGUCAUAGUCUUCAUCAUCGGAGGAAUGACCUUCAGCGAGAUGCGCUGCGCCUACGAGGUCACACAGGCGAACGGCAAAUGGGAGGCCAUCAUUGGCUCCACCCACACUCUCACUCCUACUAAAUACCUGAAGGAGCUGCAGCACCCAGACUUCCAGGACCCCAACGCUGCCCCUGAAGAACCAGAGUCCACACCUGCAGAAUGAGGAAACCCACGGAGAAGAUCAACUAAUAUCUUCACCCCUACUGGCCUUCUUCAAGCACUCAAAGACAUGGAUAAACAACCAGACAUUUGAGCUUAACAGCUGAGAGUUCCCCUUGACUGUAGCUGUCCCUCUUUUGACCGACCAACUCCAUCAACAGGCGUACAUGUAUAGUCAGGACCCCAGCCACAACAAAUUCUUCUACUCUACACAUAAAGAAAAUGGCGGCAUUUAUUCUGAGAAGUAUAUACAGCCAACAGAUAUAUUCAGAUUUGAUGUUUCAGCUACGUGAAAUAAAAUUCCUUUAUAGCCAGAGCAACAUGAACCAAAGUGAAUUUUUGGCUACUGUGCAAACUGCCAACAAUUAUGAGUGUAGAAUGUAAUUUGUUGAUUAGACUUUUUAAUGGUUCCCAACCUGGGGUAUUAGGACCCCUGGGGGUACUUGGCCUAUCAACAGGGGGUACUUGAGAAUACUCAUGACACCAUAGGCUUACUAGUAAAAUUUGCCAUGAGGGUAUAUUUUAAAGGUAAAGGUACUCAGAGCAGAGCAAAAUGAUCUUCCAGGAAGUAACUGAAAAAUGUUGGGGAACCACUGGAUUAGAGUGAUGAGUUGAGACUGAGGGAUUAGUUGAGACUGAGGGAUGAGUUGAGACUGAGUGAUGAGUAGAGACUGAGGGAUGAGUAGAGACUGAGGGAUGAGUAGAGAUUGAGGGAUGAGUAGAGAUUGAGGGAUGAGUAGAGACUGAGGGAUGAGUAGAGACUGAGGGAUGAGUAGAGACUGAGGGAUGUGUAGAACCUGAGUGAUGAGUAGAGACUUGAGGGAUGAGUAGAGACUGAAUUGGCGCUGGUGAUAGCAUGAGCGCUGAAUGUCAGCUCCCAUGUGAUACUGUUUCACAGAUUGUGAUUAUAGCCUAGUUUUAUGUUAGAUUGGAUGCUGAGGAAUGAUUUGGUCUAUUAAGUGGUGUAGAGUGUCUGUUAUGUUUAAUCUAUUUGGGACUAUAAAGGGACAGAAUGUCAUGAUGCUGGGAUUUUUAACUUCCGCAGAGAUAUGGAUGUUACUUCUGUGUUUGGCUGUUUGUUAUUGUUUUGUGUGUCACACAUUUUUGUGUCAUAUAGCUUUUAUCUCACUGCUUGCAAACAUUCCAGCAAACAGAUUUGGUUAACUUUUGGUAUUUUCAAAAACAUAAUUUUAUGAUUUGGAAACAUCCCCACCAUUUUAAAACUAGAAACAUGUAUUUGCUCACAUGCAGUCAAUUGUUUGUGGAAUACCUUAUAUAGAUUAUUCUGACUUUGGAAAUGCCCACGUGAAGCCGCCAUGUAGCCUGCUGGCGAUCCUGUAGCUAGGUAAACGUAGAAUAGUAGAACAGCGACAAACCAUUUAACAGGUCUUUAGUUGUUAGUCUCUAUUUAUUAACAUCAUCUCUGUGAUUGUUUGAUACUUAUUUCCUAGUGAUACCCACACUGUUAUUGUAAUUUCUUUCACCAGUGCAGUGUUGAACUCUUAUGUUGUUCUUUUGUUUUGUUGUUUUUGUCGCAUUGUGAUUUGUUUACCUUUCUGUUAGAGUAAUGUAUUAUUUAUUUAGAGCCAUAUGUAUUCCUGUAAUACCAGCAGAAUUGAGAAUUGUUAUCAGAACGCUUGUCAGUGAUUUAUUACAAACAAUACUUUCUCCAUGCAUCAUGUACUAAAGCUUGAAUAAAGUGGCUUAGAUAAAAGGUUGA